AUGGGUGUUUUCAAAUUUGAGGAUGAAACCACUUCUACUGUAGCACCCGCAAUACUCUACAAAGCUCUUGUGAUUGAUGUUGACACUCUUACUCCAAAGGUCGUUGAUGUCAUCAAAAGUAUUGAAAUCGUUGAAGGAAACGGCGGUGCUGGAUCUAUAAAAAAAGUAACUUAUGUUGAAGAUGGUGAAACCAAGCAUGUGUUGCACAAAAUAGAGUUAGUAGAUGUUACUAACUGGGUUCACAACUACAGUAUAGUUGGUGGUGAUGGGCUUCCAGACACAAUUGAGAAGAUCUCAUUCGAGGCCAAAUUGUCUGAAGGCCUAAAUGGAGGAUCUGUUGGAAAGUUGAGUGUGACAUACUUCACAAAAGGUGAUGAUGCUCCUAGUGAAGAGCAACUCAAGAAGGACAAAGCUAAGGGUGAUGGUCUUUUCAAGGCUCUCGAGGGGUAUAUUUUGGCUAAUCCUGAUUACAACUAA